GCAUGUGUUACUGUGUUACUCUUUGAGAGAGUUUAUAUGUGGAGCCUCCGUAUUGCGAAGGAGCCCCUUGCACAACCACACUUCAGCGUUGUCUAUCACAACAGCAGGCUUGACUCGAGAGAGAUCCCAUAUAUCCAGGCUCCUUGACUCGUUCGGUUCACGCCAGACUUGCCACCUCAUUCAGAACUGAAUUUGAACACUUACCCCCCCCCCCCCCCCCCCCCCCCCUCCCUCUCACAAGAAGCAAUGCUUGUGGGAUUCACCUCGGUCAAGCAGGCCCUCGCCUCGCUUCUACUCACCCUCCUAGUCACCCUCUCCCUCCUCAACAACUUCGUAUCCGCGGCCGAGCCAGUAGAAGAUCUCGAAGUGCCAGUGGGCAACCCCAACCUCGCCGGCUUCCGCUACAACAAAACCGUUUUUGGUGGCGCACCCGGAAAGAACCGGUACGAUGUGUACUGGAACGUCGACAAUGUUGGCACCCCGCAGGAACAGCUGCAUGUCGUGCUGAGGUUGACAGGCCCGGCGUUGAAGUGGGCGUGGGUGGGCAUUGGGUUUGGACGGACGAUGUUGGAGGGACAGUUUGUGGUGUGCCACCAAAUCAUGGCGAAGGAGGCCCCCAGUGCGCCGACGAACACGGAGUUGCAUGAGCAUUGGACUCGGAAGCAGUAUGCCCCGCCGAGAGACCGAGACCAAACGGAAGCCGCCUACACGCAGCAGGCAGCCAUCCCCGUCGUAGGAUUCACCGACAGCAACACCCUGACCUGCGAGUUCACCCGCGCCACAAAACCCGCCGAUCGCUACCACGUCCCCAUCGAUGUAACGACCGACACGAACCUGCUCUGGGCUUUCAACCCAGCAUCCGAAAAAAACAGCGACGGCGGUUGGUUCACAUAUCACGGCGACAUCUGGAGAGGGGCGCUGGUCGCCGGGCUCGCUGAGGGCGACAUGCUGGCGGUCGCCACCAAAUCCUUCCAGAAGAAGCAAGCCCACGGAUUCGGGAUGAUCGCCGUGUGGCUCCUCAUCUUCCCCUUUGGCGCAUACUACGCACGCUACCUGCGCUCCACUGCGGGGUGGAACAUCGUCCACUUGGUCAUCCAAUCCACCGGCGUGUGCGCCAUCAUCAUCCUGAUCGUCAUCAUCGUCACCGACAUGGUCUUCCUGAACCGAGCCCACGCCUACCUAGGAAUCACGAUGCUCGUCCUCAUUCUCUUCCAAUUCUUCCUCGGCAUCACCAACCUCCUCGGCCUCUCCUACGAACGCGCCGCCCGCCUCAAAAAGGUCGUGCGCCGCGUCCACCAGUUCCUCGGUCUCUCAGUGAUCCUCGCGGCCACCGUGCAAGCGGGCUUGGGCAUCAACAAACUCUACCCAUGGCAGGAAGACCGCGGCAAAGCCGUAUGGGGUGUCUACAUCGGCCUCAUCCUGUUCUGGACCAUCCUCUUCAUCUCCACCGAGACAUACUUCCGCCGCUCCGUGCGCAGGACCGACCCCAAGAAGGCCGGCGGGGCGUACUCUGACCUCCGCAAAAUCGACGCGACGAACACGAUGGUGCCUAUGAAACAGAAGGUUAAGCGCGGCGAGACAGCGGUGACGUUGAUUAAUGCGUCGAAUAGUGCGGCUAGUACCACUAUCCCGAUGACACAGACGCGGCUGAGGCCGGGGUUGACACAGUAUACGUGGGGGAGCUUGAAUCAGGCGAUUAUGAAUGGAGAGCUGUUGGUUGUGGCCAAUGGUCGUUAUGUUUACAGCAUUGCUCAGUGGAUCAACUCACACCCCGGAGGCCAACUCAUUCUCCACGCCGUCAACGGAACAGACAUCACAAACGACUACUUUCACGAAGCCGGUUUCGACGCCGACGAGUUCACACCGAGACCCGAGGCGCCUGCACAACGCAACAACCGCGCCAACGCAGAAGCCUCCUUGGGCCGCCGCAACGGCGACCUCGCUAGUCUCACCAGCACCGAGAUGAACAAAUCCCUUAACUCGUUUGGCGACGAGCUGGUGGAGGAGAUGAGGGUCGCGCCGACCAUGAACGAGAAGGACUGGAAACUUGUGGUCAAGUCCCGUCGGACGAAUGUUCACUCCCGGCUUGCCAUUGAACGUCUGUCGAAAUUGCUGGUCGGUGAGCUCGUACCCGAGAAUACGUCAUCGUCGUCCGAGAUGGGAAACGCGAAUGCGCCCUUUGACCCUAACGAGUACCGCCGUUACGCGAUGGUGGAAAACACACCCAUCGCGGAACGGUCGUCCGUCGUCAAGUUCCGUUUCUGUCUGCUGUACCCCUACGACGUGCGCAGCGGCGAGCCGCAGGUUAUCUUCCCCGGACAGGCCAUCGAGAUUUGCGCGCGGAUCAAGAACAAGCUCGUGACGCGCUACUACAGCCCGCUCGGCACGACCGGACUUUCGACCAUCGAGAUCAUGGCCAAGAUCUACCCGGACGGCGUGAUGUCGCAAUACCUGUUCAAGCAGAAACCGGGCGACAGGCAGAUCAAGAUCCGCGGUCCCUUCGGAACUCCGCUUUUCCACCCGGAAAAGACCCUCGUGCCCUCUGACCGCGUCACCUGGUUCCCAACCAACCUCCUCUACAUCGCCGGCGGAACAGGCAUAACACCCUUCCUGCAACUCCUCACAGCCGCCAUCUUCCCCGUUGCAGAGCCGUUACGCGUUCACACCGAGUACCUCCCGCAAAUAGACGACGAACUCACCCUCCAACGCAACGACCACGUCGCGGUUUCCCACCACUACUACGACGGCUGGGCCGUCGGCGUCAACUUGCGCACCGGCCAGCACGGCGCGUUCCCGCUGACUGUCACCGUCCCCUACCCAGGGAUGAACCUCCUCCAAGGCGGAAAACUCACCCUCAUCCACGCGGUGCGCACCGCGGGUGAAGCCAUCCUCGGCGACGAGCUCCUCGAGGGCGCCAUGCUCGCGUACCCCGGCGUCCUCGAAAUCCACCGCUUCAUCGCCGACGGCAGCACACCCGAAAAGCCCCUCGGCGUCCUCUACGCUUCUCAGUUAUCUGAACCGAAUUUGGAGGAUAUCCUGAAGAAACGGUGGAGGGAUACGGAUGCACACGGAAGGGAGGUGGAGGACGAGGAUGAAGAAAAAGCGGCGUUGAGGCAGAUUGUGGUGUGUGGACCCACGGGCUUUGGGAGCUGGGUUGUGGAUGCCUUGAGUGAGGGGAGCGUGGAUAUGAGGCGGGUUGUCAUUUUGCCGAGUGAUCGGGUUUUGUGAGGGUUGUGAACUGCGACUACCCCCGCGAGUUUCUCUAGUUUACGUACUAUUCGUCUAAUACUACUCAUUCCCCGCAAACGAACGAACAUAAUGCCACACCCUCUUGUACCAGUUUACUACUGUAUGUACUUUGCAUCAAUCAAAUCGCUUUUACCGUGCUUUCCUAGGAUUCGAACGAGAAAAAAUGUAUGCUUUCCUGUUACGGGACCCCAAUCUGUCGUGCGAUACCAGCACUCGGCACCCACCCACUCUCUUUUAUGUUGAGUAGGUAUGUACAUCUUUGGCAUCAUGGUCUGCCCUCGUUGGCGACGUUGUUGGGGAGGGUUGAUGUUACAUUUUUUCUGUGACGUCGUUCGCCUUUCAUGACGUGACUGGCAGAACAUUCGCGCCCUGGAAGUUGGACCUCAA